AUGGGAGAUUCUUCUGAGCAUAUUCGCCUGAUCAAAUAUGCUGUCCUUCAGACUACAAUUGUACCAUCAAUACUUUGUGAUGUUCUAGCCUUCGCAUAUGUUAUUCGUUAUUGGCGUCGAGAGAUUAUUAAUGCACCACAAAAUCAUACUGUUUUAUGUUUACUCAUAGUUAGUUUCAUACAGAAAACUACGGAUUUACCAAUGUCUCUAUAUCUUCUUCGUUGGGGUACUACUUUUCGACAAACAAAUACAUUUUGUGUAAUAUGGGGUUGGGUGGAUUAUUCAUUGCUUGCUAUUAGUUUACAUUUGAUAAGUUGGUGUAGUAUUGAAAGACAUUUAUUUGUUUUUCAUGGUUUAAUGAUGAAAAAGAGAUCAUGUUUAAUUUUAUUCCAUUAUAUUCCCAUGAUCCUAUGUUUAUUAUAUGCACCAUUAUUCUAUCUUUCUGUCAUCAUUUUUCCAAGCAUGUGUACGAAUGUUUGGGACUAUACAUAUAUGUUUUGCGGUGGUGGAUGUUAUGGUUCCGUUCCAUUUUGGGGUACUUUCGACUGGUUAUUUAAUUAUGCUUUAUGGUUAUUCAUUAUAUUAUUUGCAAAUCUUCUACUUUUCUAUCGUUUUACCCGACAAAGAAUCCGACAUCAACAACCUAUUCAAUCGAGACAUAAGAUUCGUAUGAUUAUUCAGUUGGGUUUUAUUUCAAUUCUUUAUUUAGUUUUUAUGUCUCCAGAAAUUGUCUUAGGUGUUAUCGAGGCUUUAUGGUCACCGACAUUUGGAAUUGAUGUCGAAGUUAAUUAUUUAUAUUAUAUUUGCAAUUUUAUUAAUCAAUUCUUACCAUUUGUUAUAGUUCGUUCACUACCCGGAAUACGUAAAGAAUUAAAUAUAUGGUUUCAACGUAUAAGACGACGCAAUGAUGUAGCCAUACGAGUACAUCCACUCAUGACUGGAACUGUUCUACAUAGAUAA